CGCACCCAAAAACAAUUGCUCAAUGGCGGGCCGCGUUUGUUGACUUUUAUUUGUUGUUAUAACGGAAAACGUAAAUUUUAUUUAAAAAUACUAUUGCUAUUAUAAAUAUUUCGUAUACAAACAGUGCCUGUGUAAUUUUAACAAAGUUAAAUAAGACUGAAAGAUGAGUUUUAGCUUCGGUUCAGCUACUACGACGGCUGGAAGUACUUUCGGCACUACCACCCCUUCUACAGGGUUUGCAUUUGGUAGUGGAGAACCAGCUAAGCAAGGAUUAUUUGGAACUGGAAGCACAGACAACAAGCCAGCGUUCAAUUUCUCAAGUCCCUCCGGAGGAGGAUUUGCAUUUGGUGCAGCUAAAACUACUGCACCAACAUCUUCUAUAUUUUCCACACCAACAACAAGUGCUGCUCCAGCAUUUGGUGCCAGCAAACCGGUGAGCUUCGGAGGGUUCACUUCACCACCUAACCAAACUGUUGGCAGCCCUGGCUUCGGUCUUCAGUCUGGUGGCUCUCUGGUAGGAGGUAACACACAGCAGCCAGCGCCAGCUUUCGGUACACCAACCACUCAAGCAUCAACCGGUUUCGGCUCAUCCCCCAGCACCGGUUUCGGUUUCGGCCAAUCCCCACAGCCGUCCACCGGUUUUGGUACCCAACCAGCCACCACCGGUUUUGGCACACAACCAGCCACCACCGGUUUCGGUACACAACCAACUGGUACCGGGUUUGGUAGCACUCCUUCAACUGGUUUUGGUGCAGCACAACCUUCUACUGGGUUUGGUAGUCAACCUGCAACCAGUGGUUUUGGGUUUUCUACACCAGCUACUGGGUUUUCGGCUCCUCAGCCUAAUCAACAACAGCAACAGGCAACAACAACUGCAACAGCUCAGCCGACACAGUCGUUCCUCGGCGGAGGUACGACCAGUGGUUUCGGACAAAAUGCUCUACGCUCCAAGCCUGGGUCCGCUUUCAGUUUCGGCGGGGGCACCACUACGGCACCUGCGUUGGGAGGCGCUAGCACUACUACAACCACACAAGGAGGUUUCGGCCAGAAACCAGCAACACUCGGUUUCGGUACAUUAGGAGCCGCGACUUCUACACCUCAGACUGGCCUAGGUCAGACUGGUCUGACGGGACAGGCUACUGGUCUAACAGGUCAGACUACUGGUCUAACCGGACAAGCUACUGGUCUGACGGGACAAGGUACGGGUUUGGGAGGUCAGACUACUGGUCUGACUACAGCACCUAGCUUUGGUGCUGCUCAAACUGCUACUAGUACUCCACAAGGAUUUGGCUCUUUUACUUCACCAACUCCCCUAAGCUUUGGUGGUAACCAGCAAACCAGUCAAGCAACAACCGGUGUCAGUUUCGCUCCACCAUCGACUGCGCAACCAACACUCGGUUUUGGUACACCAACAACCAUCCAAUCCGGACAAACCGGGCUCAGUUUUGGAGCUCCAACAACCACGCAGACCGGACUUAGUUUUGGAACCCAACCAGCCACUUCUGGAGUAGCUACUUCAGGAACGGACAAACCAUUAUUAUUGGGACAGGCUUUACCAGCUGGGCAGUUUCCUAAAACAUCAGCACCAUUAAGCUUUGGUCCGGUAUCAACUGGCACAGUGAGUGCCACUUCUACAGCACCUGUCUCAAGUGGUCUUACAUCUUGGUCCACUCCGGCAUCAACUGCAACAAGUCAACCAGCAACCGGGCUUAGUUUUGGAACCAGCACUGCGGCUUCUAAGCUGAGUUUUGGAGCUGUUUCUACGUCCGCCCCAAAUGCAACAUACGGGGUCAGUGUCGCUGGGUCUGCAGCUCAAAUUGACUCUAGUUUUGGAAAACCUAUUACGUCGGUUGUAGGUUCUUCGGCAGCAUCAACCACUGCCCCUUCAGGUAUCAUAGCCCUUGGCAAAACUACAGCGACCACAGCUUUGGCUUCUCUUAGUACAGCAACUACAACUACAGCAUCAGCCCCAGUUCCCCCUCAGACAAUAACAUCAAUUACCUUCGCGCAACUUGAAGAGAGUAUCAACAAAUGGACCCUCGAGUUAGAGGAACAAGAAAACGUGUUUAUAAACCAGGCUACACAGAUCAACGCCUGGGAUAGACUGCUAAUUGCUAAUGGGGAGAAGAUAGUAGAACUAAACGAUGCCGUACAAUCAGUGAAGAACGAACAACAGAGCUUGGAGCACGAGCUAGACUUCGUACUAGCUCAGCAGAAGGAACUAGAAGAUUUGUUAGCGCCCAUGGAGAAACAACUGUCUGAAGAAACUGUGGACAGGCUCAGAGAUCCGGAGAGAGAGCAUAUGUAUUCGCUAGCUGAAAACUUGGACACUCAACUGAGACAGAUGUCGGAAGAUUUGAAAGAAGUUAUAGAACAUCUCAACGAAACCAAUAGGAGUCAAGACAGCAAUGAUCCUAUCGUCCAAAUUGGCCGCAUUCUGAACGCCCACAUGUCGUCAAUGCAAUGGAUAGACAACUCCAUUGCACAGAUAUCUACAAAACUCGACCAACUGAAAGCUACCCACGACACGCUGCGGAGAGACAACGAGCGAUCUUACCAACUCACUUAUAAUUGAAGUUACAGUAUUUAAUGUUAACUAGAAUUUUAGGUCCGUGUUAUAAAACAAUGCUCAAGAAUGUAACAGAUUUCAUAAAGACCAAUUAUUUCAGUACCAGUAAUUUUUUUGUUGAGACUUCUGUGAAAAAAUAUUUGAUACUUUAAAAAACCCCACACAUUUACUUUAUCACUACAUAAUAUAAAAGAACCAAGACCUUAGACGACGGAGAUUAUUUGCAUGCGAUGAACUCAAAAACUACUGCACGGAUUUUGAUGCAGUUAUGUAAUGUACCAAUAAAUUAAAGUUAUUUAUGUGAAAAGUUUGGGUACAUACAAAAUCCCACGGCGUAGCCGGGGCGGGACCCUCAUUUAUAUUAAAAUUUAAAUAAAUAACUGUUGUUUUUGCUUGAGUAUUGAGUCUAACAUGGGUCGUCGACUGUGCUAAAUGAUUGAUUCCAAUUAAUUGAAUAGUUAUCACUUUCGGAAAAGUAAUUGAUUAAAAACGAAGUGAUGAAAACUAUCGAAAUAACAAAUGUACAUAGAUAAAAACUGUUUUUGUAUAACUGUAUAUCAUAUUCAUUCAGCAAUAAAAAAAAAUAGAUUUUUUAUUUCAUGUUAAA